UGUUUCACAUGGGUAGAGGAAGGAAGCACCAGUAUUGUUUUACUCUCGUUUUUUUUUCUUUUUCUCAAGACCUUUGAUGGGGAUUUCUAGACUCUCUCAGGCAGAAUGAUUCCUUUGUGUUGUCCGGCUGGCAUCUAGAAAUUUCACAAAGCGGUGUAACAGAGAAGAGCAACAUGAAAAAGCCACGGGCCAGAAAUCUCCUCUCAGCUUUCUGUCUCCUUGCUAGCCUUUUUACUGUAGGUUUCUGUAGAAUAACUGGUCUGGUGGCAGAUAUCCCUAUAAGAAAAAACAGAACAACUUGUGUGAACAGCCCCAUCAUUGGAAUUAUUGGAGAGGCAGUGAUGCUGCCCUGUCCCUGCAUGUCACCGAUCAACCCAGAUCUACUGUACCUCUACUGGCAAAUACAAGAAACAGUGGUAGAUACCUUUAUUAAAGGAGAGGCAUCCAGGUCGCACCAGGAUAAAAUGUAUCACAACAGAACCAAGCUGUUCGUCAGAGAAAACAGUACCUGCUCUCUCCUUCUUUCCCAACUAUCUGUAAAGGAUGAAGAAACAUAUGAAUGUCUCCAUGGUAGCCCGGAUAUAAAAAAGAAUUAUGUUUCUUUGCUUGUAGCUGCUAACUACACGUCUCCGGUGCUGCAAGUCCCAAGUGAACAGCCUAGGGGGCGCUACACCUGCACUGCCACUGGAGGAUUCCCAGAAGGCACCAUUUACUGGCUCCUGGAUAACCAGCCACUGCUCUGGGAUCCUGAACCACAACAGAGUGUGCUGGAUGAGUCUACGGGUCGCUACAACGUCACCAGCACACUAGCUGCCAAUAUCUCCCAGGACUCCACUCUCACCUGCAUUGUAGAAAACAAGAGGCUGCACGUCAAUCUUUCUCAAACAUUAAAUUCUCCCAGUACUCAAGAUACCCCACAGAACCACAUAGUCAUACUUGUUGUGGUAGUAUUAUUAUUAUUUAUUUCUUAGCCGACGCCCUUAUCCAGGGCGACUUACAAUUGUUACAAGAUAUCACGUUAUUUUUACAUACAAUUACCCAUUUAUACAGUUGGGUUUUUACUGGAGCAAUCUAGGUAAAGUUCCUUGCUCAAGGGUAUAACAGCAGCGUUCCCCACCUGGGAUUGAACCCAUGACCCUCCAGUCAGGAGUCCAGAGCCCUAACCACUACGCCACACUGCAGUAUCUUGCUGUGGUGUUAUUGUUGUGGUCUGUCUUGGAAUAACAAUGAUGAGAAGAUAUCUGGGAACUUCACAAAGGACCAUACAUCACAAUAAUACUGUGGUAUAAGGAAAGCAAUGAUGGAAACGUCAAUGUAUUGAAAAGAAAAGAAAAACUGUUUGCUUCAUGGAAGCUGUUUUGAAACUCAUUGUUUAGACUGUUCCCCUUGAGAGACAUCAGACAAUUGUGCAAUCCUGGAUACGGAAACCCUCCCAAUGGGUGCCUUCAUGAGCCUUGUUUCCAAGUCUGUCAUAUUUGCUGUCCAUUGUCAAUGAAACAGACCAGCAACAGGGCCAUAUACAGCUGAACCCACUUAACACACUUCAAAGGGACGGAGCAUGACAAUAAGCAGAGUGACGUUAUCAGCAGAUCAUCAAUAACCUAAUAAACCAAAGACCACGUACACAUUUAAACCGGUUCUCUUCAAAGUCCUCCUGUAUGCAUUGUAUUACUUGUACUGUAACAUUUGAAAUGUAUUUGCUUACGAUUGUAAGUCGCCCUGGAUAAGGGCUAAGAAAUAAAAAAUAAUAAUAAUAA